AAGGAAAGGGAGGAGAAACAACAGUCCAAUUGCUACUUGACUAGACACGUAUAGCCUCCUGUACAGGGAAUGAGAGAGAAAACGACACUACCUACUAUUACUACUACUACCGCUUUCAUCCUCACUCUCUCUCUCUCUCUCUCUCUCUCUCUCUCUCUCUCCAGUUCUUGUUACUAAAGAAGCGAUAGCUGUAAGGAGAAACGAAACGAAACGAAACGAAACGAAGAGAAGCAAGAAGGAAUGAGGAGGGUCGGCGCGCGUCUCCAGCUUCCUCUCCUCCUGAUGAUGAUCGUCAUCGUGCCCGUGCUCUCGGCGGGGGCGGGGAAGGAGGGGGAGCAGCAGCAGGAGGAGGCGCUGGGAGGGUUGGGGUGGUCGGGGUCGGCGGUGGCGGCGAACACGGUGCCGGCGCUGCCGGUGGCGCGGGCGGAGAACGGGACGGCGUGCCGGCUGGAGCUGUCGGAGGAGCUGUUCGGGGGGGUGGCGGAGGCGUGCGGGCGGGGGCGGGGCCUCGACCGGAGCCGCUGCUGCCCCGUGCUGGCGGCCUGGCUGUUCGCGGCGCACGCGCGGUCGGCGCUGGAGGUGGCGCCGCAGCAGCAGCAGCCGCAGCCGGAGGGGUCGGACGCGGGGCCGAUGAUGCCGGACGACAACCAGCGGUGCGUGGACGCGCUGGAGCGGGCGCUGGAGCGGCGGCAGAUCCGGCUGGCCCGGCCGAACGCGACGUGCGACGCCGUGAUCUGCUUCUGUGGGAUCCGCCUCCACCAGAUCACCUCCCUGCGCUGCCCCGCCGCCUUCGACCUCCACCUCCACGACGGCGCCAAUGGUGCACCAGCAGCAACAGCAGCAGCGGAUGAGGCGUUGGGGGGUUUCCGCAACGCCACGCCCACGCCGGCCGUGCGAGACCUCGAGCGCAGCUGCCGCAACGCCUCCUACGCCGGCUGCACCCGCUGCAUCCAGUCCCUCCAAAAGGUGAAGGGGCAGGUCGGUGGAGGAGGGAUGGAGGAGGAGCGGGGGAGGUGGAUGAUGGGGAGGGACUGCCAGCUGAUGGGGCUGACGUGGCUGCUGGCCAGGAACAAGACGGCCUUCAUCCCCACCGUCUCCGCCGUCCUCCGCGCCAUGCUCUACACCACCCACCCUCCCUCCUCCGCCGCCAAAUGCAGCCCCGACCAGGAGAACAUGCCCCUCGCCGUCGACUCCCUCCAGUUCCAGCACCUCAACUCCGCCGACGAUUCCAUCGCCGCCGCCGCCGCCAACCGCUUCUCCCUUCUUCUCCACUCCCUUCUGGGCCUCCUCGCUUCUUCUCUACUGCUGCUCCCCCGCCCGCGCGGGGUGAUAUUUUGAUAAGAAUUGAGCGUCGCCCUCCCUCCCUGUGUAUAAAUGUCUCUUUCUAUUCUUCCUCUUCUAUUUCCUUCCUCCUUUUUGUCUUUUGCCUUCCCUUUUGGUAUAGUAGAGCAUAGAUAUAUCUAUGUCUGAUAUGUAGUAUUGUGAUACUGGACACGCCAUCGACGGAUUAUAUUGUGGGAGUAUUAUUCGCGCUAUUAACAAGUUCAUCGAAUCGACCGUGCAGAUGCGGAGAAGAGAGAAUCGUAAGAGAAUGUUGAUUGAUAAAGCAUCGCAAGGGGAGAUUCUCCUGAGCCAACAAACAAUACUGGAGGGUGUGUGUCUCUCACAAUGUGAAUACUUGUAUGCGUAUUGUAUGAGAGACAGAUGCGUGCAAAUCUAAUCAGUCAAUCUAGUUAACAACCGCACGCGCCAAUUAUACGGUGUACGCAGCUCAUUUGUCAAAAUAAUAAUACAAUACCUCACGGGUGCGCAUGUGACAAA